GGAGGCUUUCAGUCUGUGUUCUGUCUCAGCGUUUGAAGGCGUCUCAGGAGGAGCUCAGCACAACAGAGGGAGCUGCAGGUGUUGUUUGCCAGCCCGGUCACCCAGGAGACGGAGGAGCAUCAGAGCUGCGAGGCAGAGAGGAAGUAAAGAGGAGGAGGAGAGAGAGACACAUCCUGCUGGAUAUGAAGUCUGACUCCGAGGUCACACCUUCCUCCUGUGUUUGACCUCCUGAUGACGCUCAGUCUGGGUGGGUCUGGGUCUUUCUUGGUCACCUGACGUUCCAUCGUGGCCCCGCCGCUAUGCCCUAUCCGGCUCACACCGCCCACUCCCAGCUCGGCGCCCUCUGGAUGGGCUGCGUCGGCUGGACGCUCACCGCCGUGGCUCUGGGGCUCAUCCAGUGGAGGGUCUGGCUGGUGUCCGACAGGGAGGUCAUCAGCUCCGGAGUGGCGUGGGUGGGCUUGUGGCGGGCCUGCUUCAACAGCCACCACACGGUGACCCCCGGCUUCGUGGUCAUGCACUGCAGGUACAUGAGCCUGACCGAGGCCUUCACGCCGCCGGAGAUCGCAGCAGGUCAGGUGCUCAUGUUUCUGUCAUUAAUCGUGGGGCUCUGUGGGAACGCUGGUGGCGUUUAUGCCAUGAGGAACGUCUACUUUGGGAUGGCGAAGGACUCUCCAACACGCCUGGCGUUCGUCACCACAGGUGUGCUGUGCUUGAUAGCUGCAGUGAUGUCACUUGUACCUCUCCUGUGGAACCUGAGCUCGGUGGUGACCAAUCAGACCAUCAAGUUCCCCCCGGAAUUCAAAAUGCCGCAGACACCUGACUCUCAACAUGUGGGGUGCGGCAUUGGGGUGGGGAUGGUGGGGGCGGUCCUGAUGGUCAUCUCUGGGGUCAUCUUCUGUAUGUACAGGUUACCAGUGAGGUCACAGCACCUGGACGGGUCACAGCCAGGGACUGACGGCGGGGGGGCGCAGGGGAAACACAACCCAGCGUUUGAGUCUCACGAACGCUUGUGAUCGGUCUGUUCGGACGUUUAACACGAACUCCUAAAUGUCGGACAGCACUCUGAGGAGCUGCGCCGAUCUUGUGGCGUCAAGUGAACCCUGUGUAUCAGGUUAAACUGUGUCGGCUGCUAUCGGAGAACGACUGAAAGCGAUCACAAAUCAGCUUCCACUCAAGGGUCCUCACAGGGAGACGAUGACGAGAGCACCGUCCAGUUUUCGUACCAUCGGAGUACUUCACGCCUGAAAUAUCGCCUCAACACAAAGUAGCAGAGAACCCUGAGGUCCGAGCUAGCACAGCCUCUGGUGCUAACGCUAGCACUCAGCUUCGUCUAAGCCACACUGGACCGGGUGUUCAGACUCCCUAAGCCCUUACAGACCUAGGACCAAUUCCAUUUCUUUCCCUUAGCCCUUGUCCCUCACGUGAACACGCAAAACCAAGGGGAAGGGCCAAGACAAGGCCUGAGGGGAAGAAAUGGAAUUGGUCCUAGGUCUGUAAGGGCUUAGGGCUUGAGUCAACGAGUCUGUAAGGGAUCCAUUUGGGAUUGGGGGACUGAGUCAGUCUACCUGUGACCGACUCACUGACUCCCUUACAGAGUGGACUGCAGACCAGUUUGGGUGGUCCAGGACAAUCCAGCAGCUUUACUUCAACACAUCUGACAACAUGAACUUGAACUGAUUUAAAAACAGCAAAGCUGAUGUUUUUGAUUUACUUGAGACGAGUUAGUCACAGAGCAUGUUGUUAAUUGGAUUUUCCUUCUAAGCUUCACUUUGGUACUUUCUAAUAAACUGUGGCACCUUGUUUACGUUCAGGUAUGAAAGAAAUGCUAGUGUGGCUAGUGUUCUGGUCGCUACGAUGAUUGUUGUUACUGUACUUGAAGCACUC